AUAACGCAUGAGCGCAAGUUUUCAUGCGCAGUGAACUCUUCAGUUUCCUGGUCGAUUCUGGUUUUGCAUUUAGUUUUUCAGCUGAUCACGCUUUCCGUAGCCGCAUCGCAGACUGUCCGCGUCGUGUGUCAUGUGCGAAACUGUCGCAGCGUUGUGAAAUCGCUGAGUGAUUGUGCUGUGUGUUGAUUUAGCUAGUGUCAGUGAUAAUGUUUUCAGGGCUUACGAAUCAGGUCAGCUCGUGGAUGGGGGCCGCGAAGGGCGAGCCUCAGGAUGAGGAGGUCCCCACCCCAACCAAAGACGCAACCGGAGAAGCCUCGGCGGAAGGUGAAAGACAAAGUCCAACGAAAGGCGCCAGUAAACUGGACCUCAUCACCAACGUCAAAUCACAAAUGACGGGAUGGUUGGGUUCCGGGAUCCCCAUUCCUGGGCUGAGGAAAAACGAGGCGCCACCACCAGAACCUGAGCCGGUGCCAGUUGAACCCGUCGAGGAACCGAAGCCAGAAGGGAAGGACGAUGACGAUAACUCUAGGUAUAAUAGUGCAACUGGUGGGGCCGAUAGCAGACCAGCGUCCACCGGAGGCACGCCUACUGAGGAGCCGCCAGCAGGUGUUGGCAAUGGUCAGCAAAGUAGACUAUUCACAGAUGCUAUUGAGGUACCGGACAUGCAGGAAUUGACAACGAAGGCUGUAGCUGGCGCCAAGUCCCUGGGCAACUUCCUGUACUCGGCCGUGAACAAGGCAGGUGCGAAGGUGAGCGAGGCCAGCGCCAAGAUCAAGAAGACCGUCGAGGAGAACGUGAGUACAUUCUAG